CUUCAAUCCCACCUAAUACAGAGAAUUGAAAGGGUUUAUGGGAAGGUUCUCCAACCCCACUUCGUAAUGGAUGCUCACUUUGAAGAGGAAUGAAACCUUAAAGGAUGGGGAGAAACCAACAUGCAAUAUGGCAGCAGCGAUGGAGACUGAACAGCCAGGCUUUGAAAUCUUUGAAACAGCAGAAAACAAGGAGAAUGUGGCACCGGAAGAGAAGGCAAAACUGGAACCAUAUUACGUGGAACGGUACUCCUGGAGCCAUCUGAAGAAAUUGCUGAUGGACACAAGGAAAUACCAUGGUUGCCUGAUGGCUAAAGCUCCCCAUGACUUCACCUUCGUGAAGAAAAAUGAUCCUGAAGGACCCCACUCAGAUCGGGUCUAUUACCUCGCUAUGUCCGGUGAGAACAGGGAGAACACACUUUUCUAUUCUGAAAUUCCCAAAACCAUAAACAAGGCAGCAGUCCUUCUACUGUCAUGGAAGCCCCUCUUGGAUCUUUUUCAGGCCAGCCUAGAUUAUGGGAUGUACUCCCGUGAGGAGGAGCUGUUGCGGGAAAGAAAGCGCAUCGGAACAGUCGGGAUUGCCUCUUACGAUUAUCACCAAGAAAGUGGCACGUUUUUGUUCCAAGCAGGCAGUGGGAUUUACCACGUGAAAGAUGGGGGCCCCCAUGGGUUCACGAAACAGCCUCUGAGGCCCAGUUUGGUGGAGACAAGUUGUCCGAACAUACGGAUGGAUCCCAAGCUGUGCCCUGCCGAUCCAGAUUGGAUUGCUUUCAUCCAUAGCAAUGACAUUUGGAUAUCCAAUCUAAUAACCAAAGAAGAAAGGAGGUUGACUUUUGUACAUAAAGAAUUUGCCAAUAUUGAAGACGAUCCAAAAUCUGCUGGAGUUGCUACGUUUGUGCUACAAGAGGAGUUUGAUAGAUACACAGGCUACUGGUGGUGUCCCAGUGCAGAGCCAACUGCUGGUGGAGGAAAAAUUCUUAGAAUCCUCUAUGAAGAGAAUGAUGAGUCGGAGGUGGAGAUCAUCCAUGUCACAUCCCCCAUGCUGGAAACCAGGAGGACGGAUUCCUUUCGUUAUCCCAAAACAGGCACUGCAAACCCCAAAAUAACCUUCAAGUUGUCUGAAAUAACAAUCGAUGUGGAUGGCAAGAUUACAGAUGUUGUCGAUAAAGAACUUGUCCAACCCUUUGAAAUCCUAUUUGAUGGUGUGGAGUAUAUUGCUAGAGCAGGAUGGACUCAAGAGGGGAAAUAUGCUUGGGCCACCUUGCUUGAUCGUUCCCAAACGCACCUUCAGAUUGUAUUGCUUCCCCCUGCUUUAUUUAUUCCUGUGGAAGAUGAUGCCAUGGAGAGGCAGAAACUAAUUGAUGCCGUACCUGACUCUGUUACACCCUUGAUUAUUUAUGAAGAAACAACAGAUAUCUGGAUAAACAUCCACGACAUCUUCCACGUUUUCCCCCAAACCUGCGAAGAGGUGAUAGAAUUUAUCUUUGCCUCCGAGUGCAAAACAGGAUUUCGGCAUCUGUACAGAAUCACAGCCGUGUUAAAGGAGAGCAGAUACAAGCGGUCGUAUGGAGGACUUCCUGCUCCGGGUGAUUUCCUGUGUCCUAUUAAAGAAGAAGUGCCGAUUACUAGUGGGGACUGGGAAGUGCUUGGCCGACAUGGUUCUAAUAUCCGGGUAGAUGAAGCUAAAAAACUGGUAUAUUUUGAAGGUACGAAGGAUUCUCCCUUGGAACAUCACUUGUAUGUCGCUAACUAUGAGAACCCUGGAGAGGUCAAGCGGCUGACGGAGCGCGGUUUCUCUCACGCCUGUUGUGUUAGUCAGCAUUGCGAUAUGGUCAUCUGUAAAUUCAGCAGCCAGAAGAGCCCACACCAGGUGUCUCUGUAUAAACUGACUGGCCUUGAAGAUGACGUCGCCCACAAGUCAAAGGAAUUCUGGGCCACCAUUUUAGAUUCUGCAGGGCCUCUCCCAGACUACAUUCCCCCAGAGAUCUUCUCUUUUGAAAGUUCCUCAGGUUUUGUGCUAUAUGGGAUGAUGUAUAAACCCCACAAUUUCCAACCUGGGAAGAAAUACCCAACGGUGCUUUUUAUCUACGGAGGACCCCAGGUCCAGCUAGUGAACAAUCGCUUCAAAGGGGUCAAGUAUUUCCGCUUGAACACAUUGGCUUCCCUGGGUUACGUUGUUGUGGUGAUUGACAACAGAGGCUCCUGCCACCGGGGGCUGAAGUUCGAAGGAGCCUUUAAAUAUAAGAUGGGACAGAUUGAAAUAACUGACCAAGUGGAAGGCUUGCAGUACUUGGCUUCCAGAUACGAAUUUAUUGAUCUAGAUCGGGUGGGCAUACACGGCUGGUCCUAUGGCGGGUACCUUUCCCUCAUGGCAUUGUUGCAGAGGCCAGAGAUCUUCAAGGUUGCUGUUGCGGGUGCUCCAGUCACACUGUGGUUGUUCUAUGAUACAGGGUAUACCGAGCGCUACAUGGGACACCCGGAUAAUAAUGAGCAAGGGUAUUACUUAGGUUCGGUGGCCAUGCAAGCAGAUAAGUUUCCUUCGGAGCCCAACAGGUUGCUGCUACUGCAUGGAUUUUUGGAUGAAAAUGUUCACUUUGCACACACUAGCAUUUUGCUGAGUUUUUUGGUGAGGGCUGGGAAGCCCUAUGAUUUACAGAUUUAUCCCCAGGAAAGGCACAGCAUCAGGGUCCCCGAGUCUGGAGAACACUAUGAACUUCACCUAUUGUAUUACCUCCAAGAAAACCUGGGAUCACACAUGGCUGUCUUAAAGGCAGUGCAGUGAUAGCCUCUAAGGAACUCUGAACACAGACACAGACAGCUCCUUAGUCAAAUGCAGAACCGCCGGAACGGGAUGUCACGUCCUGGUGUCUGCCUUCUGCACAGAUAAAUAAACCAGUACACAGCCUUGCUUUAUUAUCAUUCUUCUUAUUUUUAAAAAAGUCAACCUGGUGCCAUACAAAGAGGAGACUACUGUACAGCAAAUUAAUAGUUUUAAAUGUAAAUAAUAAAAUAAAUGUCUGUGCAGUCUGGC